AUGUCGAGUAGUUUUAUCGGUAGUAAAAUUGCAAUUGUUACCAAAUCACAAUAUCGAUAUGUUGGAACAAUCAUUGGCAUCGAUUCUCAAGCGUCAUCGAUCCUUCUUGGAAAUGUCAAAUGUUUCGGCACAGAAAAUCGGAUCGGAAAUUUUUCUAAUAAUCAAGUGGUUGGCUCACUUGUACCUAUAAUGCAAUUCGCUAAUAGUGAUAUAGAAGAUUUAAAAAUUGUCGAAGAAGAAAAAACAGGAGAAAGUAAUCAAUCACCGCCACUGCAAAAACAGCCUUCGAUUCAUGAUGAUCCAGCUAUUGUAUCAGCAGUUGUUAGUAAAACAAAAACAGAAGAAUUGGCUCCAUCGUGGCCUUUAUCAUCUGCAUCGUCUUCUUUUCAACAGCAAUCAGGCAGUAAAAGCAAAUUUUUUGAUGAUUUUUCAUUAAAUUCUACUGAACAAUCACAACCGAAUCGUUCUCAACAGCGUUUGCCAGCGAAUAAUUAUUCAAAUCAAACAUCUCGCCAAUCUUAUCCAUCGCAACAACAACACCAUCAAAAUAGUUAUUCACACCAUCAACAAAGAUAUUUCUAUAAUAAUCGUCGUACACCAAUGAAUAAUAAUCAAUAUCGACGCCCAGGCGGUAAUGGUAACCGGGAAACAUUCAAUGACCAUCGAAAUAAUUAUGAAGGCGAAUUUGAUUUUGAAACAAAUAAUCGUAAAUUUAAUAAAAUCACCAAUGAAGAUGACUUGAAAGAACACGCAGAAUCACCCGAUCAAUUUUUUAAUUUAAAACAAGAUCCUAAUUUAUCAUCCGACUUCGAACCAAUCUAUGAUAAGAAAAAAUCUUUUUUUGAUAAUAUGACUGUUGAAGAUACAUCUAAUGUAUCAGCACCUAUGUAUAAUCGUUCAAGAAAUCAAGAUACAUUCGGUAAUCAACGAAAUUCAACCGGCGGUGGUUAUCGACGAUCAAAUUAUAAUAACUAUCGUCAAAAUAAUCAUGGAUACCAAUACCGAAAUUGA